AUGAUCGCUUCCCUAAUCUCUUUCCUCUCAUCUGAUCUAUUUUCUCUGCUUAUCACUUUCUACCUUUCUUUAUAUUUUCACAAAGGUAAAGACGCCAACAUUAGAAAAGUGAUAUAUUCUCAUAUUCGUAUAUUACAGCAAUAAGUCUCACCCUCCCAAAAAAAAACCCAAACUUUGAUAUAGAAUCGGUCUCUGCUCCACUUCAACUGCCCACCCACCAAAAAAUCUUUCCUUUCUGCUUCGCAAAUCACACCCAUUAGAAUAAACUCAAGGAAGAGAGCAGCAACGGUGAUGGGUUUUGUUCAUCUGUUCAUUUUUGCUUUCAUUGUUUCCACUUGCAGUGAGUAUUUUCUCGCGCUGAGAUCUCGAACAAGGUGGGAAUAAAUUGGGGCCAGCUGGGAAACAACCUCCCAUCACCGCCGCGGUCAGUGGAGCUUGUCAAAUCUCUCGGAGCCAAACGCAUCAAAAUCUACGAUGCCAACCCAGACAUCCUUAAGGUCCUCAAGGACACCGACAUCAUAGUCUCUAUCAUGGUACCCAACGAACUCAUUGCCAACAUCUCCAAAAGCCAGUAUCUCUCCGAUCAAUGGGUGAAGACCAAUGUUGUGCCUUUCUACACCGAGGUAAAAAUCCGAUAUGUCCUUGUCGGAAAUGAAAUCCUCACUAACCCUGAUACUGGGACAUGGUACAAUCUUGUGCCGGCCAUGCGUCGAAUCAAGAGUUCCUUGAAAACCCACAAAAUCCAUAAGGUCAAAGUUGGUACCCCAUCGGCCAUGAAUGUUCUGGAAUCAUCUUUCCCACCUUCAAAUGGAACUUUCCGGUCUGAUAUUUCAGCUCCGAUAAUUAAACCAAUGUUGCAGUUUUUGAACCGGACUAAAUCGUUCUUUUUCGUUGACGUCUACCCUUAUUUCGCCUGGGCCGAUAACGCGAAAGACAUCAAUCUUGAUUAUGCUCUUUUUGAGUCUAAAAAUGUGACGUACACCGACCCAGUCACCAGCCUAACCUACACCAACCUCUUUGACCAAAUGAUGGAUGCCAUCGUCUUCGCCAUGAAACGGCUCGGGUACCCGGAUAUCCGGCUUUUCAUCGCGGAAACGGGUUGGCCCAAUAACGGAGACUUCGACCAAAUCGGAGCCAAUAUUUACAAUGCUGCCACUUACAACCGCAACGUGGUCAAAAGGCUCACCACCAAACCCGCCUUUGGCACCCCAGCCCGACCCGGAUCGGUGAUACCUUCUUUCAUAUUCGCAUUAUAUAAUGAGAAUCAAAAACCAGGUCCUGGCACGGAGCGGCAUUUCGGGUUACUAUACCCUAACGGUUCAAAAGUCUACGAGAUAGAUCUAAGUGGAAACACACCCGAAUAUACAAAGCCGUUGCCUGCACCGACAAACAAUGAACCGUAUAAAGGAAAGAUAUGGUGCGUGGCGGCUGAAGGAGCAAACAAGACUGCGCUGGGGGAUGCGAUAUCGUACGCGUGCUCGCAGGGGAACAAAACUUGCGAGCAGAUCCAACCCGGGAACAAGUGUUUUAAACCGAAUUCUUUGGUUUGGCACGCGAGCUACGCUUUCAGCUCGUAUUGGGCCCAGUUCAAGAAGAUGGGUGGGUCCUGUUAUUUCAACGGGCUAGCGACGCAGACAGUUUCAGACCCAAGUUUCGGGCACUGCAAAUUUCCAAGUGUGACUCUAUGAGGCUGAGUUUCAUCCCAAGCUGUGUGAGGCAAGUGAUUUAGGUGCCCCAUUUUGCUAUAAUUAAAUGGUUGAGAUUUAAUAUAGUAAAGUUGGUCUAUUCUUUUAGGCAAAUGGGUGCCUAAAUCUCUUGGCCUUUUUCAUUGAAAGUAUUAUUUGAUAGGUUUUUCAUGUGGUCCAAUGUAUCCUAUUUUAUGGGUUGUUCUUCUAGAGUAGAAGAUUACAACGGCUACAGAGCUAUGUGUGUGGAGUAUUCAGUUUAUUUAUUAUCCCAACGGCUAAUUAUUUAGUAGUGGUCCUCCAUUGGAGCCGACAAGCUUUUUUCAGUUUGGACCAACUGUGGGUAUUUAUUCCCUGUUGGUAGCCUUGGGUGUGUCAAAAUGUAAUUAUGAUUGCCAAUAAUAAAAUCAAAGCAGCAGGCAUAUUGGGAGUCCCAAUAAA